CAAAUCGCUCGCUGAUUGGUCGUCGCGGGACUCAGCUGUUGAUGUUAGGAUUUCGGCGUCCAUCAUUAUUUCUUGUUUAUCAACACUGAAUUUUCGUCUUUCGCGACCCCUGUUGCCAUCAAAAAGAAGGAAUGGUAAUGGAGGAAACACCAAGUCCCCACGUGGUCGGACGGGAAUUCGUCCGGCAGUACUACACACUGCUCAACCAGGCGCCGAUGCAUCUUCACCGGUUUUACAACGAGAAUUCCUCGUUCGUCCACGGAGGACUGGACACGCCGAACCGCGAGACGAAGCCGGUCAUCGGCCAGCGGCAGAUCCACCACCGCAUCCAGCAGCUUGAGUUCAACGACUGCCACGCCAAGAUCCGGCAGGUCGACUCGCAGGCCACCCUGGGCAACGGGGUCGUCGUGCAGGUCACCGGUGAACUCUCCAACAACGGCGAGCCCAUGCGUCGCUUCACCCAGACCUUCGUGCUGGCCCAGCAGUCGCCCAAAAAGUACUACGUCCACAAUGACAUCUUCCGUUACCAGGAUGAAAUGAUCAAUGACGAGGAGUCUGACAUUGGACUCAAGGACGUUGACGACGAAACGGAAACUUCUAGUCAAGCUCGAAAUCAGCCUCCAUCAAACUUGCCUAAUUUUUAUCCAUCCGGCACGCAACUGAUCAAUGGCACCGUCGAAACCAUCAACCCGACCCCUCUGGCAACAACCCGGAUUGAAGAAAAUGAAAAGCCGCGGCCCAAGCCCAAAGUCGAACCGCCUCAGGAAGAGAAGAACCCGGAACCGCCUGCACCUGUCGCCGAAAUCAUUCCCGCCGAACCAGCGAGCAAAGGUCCGAAGACGUACGCCACUUUGGUCAAGUCGGGCAGCCAAGUGCCGACCUCGUUUGCCAACAUCAUGUCUGCGGCGGCGCAAACCCUGCCGGUGGUCGACGUCGACUCGUAUCCACCCAUUCAGGGUAGACCACCCGCAGGUCAACAGCAGCAGGGGGGCAAAACGCAGCCGCCGAAGACCGCUCAGGCGCCGUCGAGCCAACAACCGCCCAAGGUCAAGGGAAAAGCUCCUGAGGAAAGGAAGGAACCUGCAGAGGGUGAAAAGCGGCGUCUGUCCGGCUCAGGAGGGCCUCCUCCGACUGCCCCCUAUCCGGACGCUCAGCAGAUUUUCGUCGGAAACGUUCCCCUGAGUGCGUCUGAGCAGGACAUCAAGGAGAUUUUCUCUAAGUUCGGAACCGUCGUCGAUCUGCGUCUGAACUGCAAAGCUCCGGCAAAGGGUCAGCCAGGCAAGAUCUUCCCCAAGUACGGAUUUGUCAUCUUCAGCGAUCCGGCCGCCGUUAAGCUCUGUCUGCAGUCCAAGCCAAUCACAAUGCCAUCUGACCCGACGCACAACCUGAACAUCGAGGAGAAGCGGAACCGAUUCCGUUCGGGCGACGACAGACCCCCCGGAGGUUUCCGAGGCAGCAUGAACCGUGGCAGCGGCAACUCGGGCCCCGGGGGUCCCAUGAACAUGCGACGGGGCAACGAGGGCGGCGGUCGCGGCCGAGGAGGCGGCAGGGGGAUGAGCAACUUUGACAGCAACAAGCAGGGCACCGGCUUCAAGGACUUCAAGGUUGGCGGCGGCGGCAACGGCAACAACACUUCUUUCGCAAGCCGGCGUUGAAUUUUCAUCGGCGGCCGUUUUUAAAGAAAAAAAAUAUACCUUCAUUCCUGCCUUAUUAUCUUUAGAGAUGAUAGACACAGUACACUAAUUUUUCUACACUUUAAUGGCUCUCAAAUCUGAUUUUUUUUUCAUAUAUCAUCAGCGAAAAGAAAGAAAUGUUAAGUUGGUUCAUUAUUAGGACAUGUGAUAAUAUUCCUUUGACUUUUAGCCACUUUUUUAUUAAUUAAUUUUGAUUUUUAAACGACGAGAGCCACCGAAAUCCACAAGUUGUUUAAUCUCGGAAACACUCGAUUGAUCUUGUUGAGCCAAAAAGGGUUCGUUUUAGCAUUUUAAUAUCAUUUUGUCAUCACGCCCAUCAUUCUUUGUUCAGUUAAAAACUUCUUAGUGACUAUUUUGAUCACAGGCUCAUUUAAUUUGUGUUCAUUGUUUACGUUUAAGGUACCAUAGGUAUGUCCACGUUCAAAAAUAAUUUAUUGAAGCGAGAUUUUUUUUUUAAUAUUUUUAACUGAUUCUUCUCCGCACUGGCAUUUUCUCGUUGGCCAUUUUUAGACACUGAACAAUAAUAAAAAUGAUGAAAAAAAAAUUAAUAAUAAUUUCCACGGGUAGCGACACCCGAGAAAAAUAAUUAACAGUAGGUAUAGAGACCAAUCUGCAGGCGCAGGAAAUCUUUUUAAUUCUUGUGUGUCAAGAAUGCGAUUAAUAAGUAUGGAUUUGAAUUUUUUAAUUCCAUCGUCUGUACUAAGAACUUAUCAUGUGUAUUGACAGAAAAAAUAAGAUCGAAAAACUACUUCCUUGUGAGCUCAAUAGCAAUUAACACGUUUGAUUCUUUGUGAUUGUCUUUUGAAAAUGAUAUCAUUAUUAUUUUUUCUUGUAUCGCAAUGUGCGAUGUCAAGUUCAAUUAACUCGGGGCCGGUUAAAAAGGCCCCUUAAAAAUACUAAAUUUAAGUUUCAUCAGUGUGAGAGUGAAAGAGACGAAUUAGCUAAUUGUGUGAAAUUCAAAGAUGAAUGAAAAAAAAACUACAAUAUCAAGGUUUAAAGAAAAAAAAAUCAAUGAAUCAGAAAAACAAUAAGAGUGGAGGAUGUUAAUUAAUCCUGACGCUCCCAAAGCAAUGUGUAAUUCCUUUAAGAAUCGAGCUUUUGCCGAAUUUUUUUUCUAUAAAAAUACCAACUAAGUGCUUUUAAGUGUUAAUUUGUGUACUUAACAAGAGUAACUUUUUCAUUGGUUGGAAUUCGAAGGUGAUUAUCAAUUAUUGUUUUUCAUGUAAGACCAAAAAAUAAACACGAGAAAUCGGAAAUUUUUAAUUCAACUGACUUUUUUAAAUUUGUCAAAAAAAUAAUAAUAAACUCUGAGUUUAAUUUAA